GAUCCAGACGGGGAAGCUGUCGGAGUUCUUGACCACUUCCUGUUUCGCUCACCUGAGCUUCCUGGACGGUAAGGCUUCUGGCAGCAUGGCUCGCCACGACGCAGCGAAUGAUGAUGAUGAUGAUGAGGAGGGUGACGAAGAUGGAUACUUGCAUGAGUUACAUUAUGACGAUGAGGCUGACGACCUGGCCCAGUACCUGGACCACCUGUUGGCCCACUCUGCCCCCAAAAAGCCCACCAAGAAAGGGACAGGAGCUUUGGGGAAGUUCAAGGCUCUGGCGACUAAAACCAAGGACAUGGUGUCUCUGAUGAACAAAGCUCAGACCCUCAACGUGGAAAAUGUGAACAUGUACCUGCCCAACAAGCUGUUCCGCUCAACUCAACCAUCUCUAAACCUGAACCUCCCAGAAUCCUCCUCACAACAGGAAACUCAG